AUGACGACCAAGGAGGAGGGUCCCGGAGCAGCGGGGGUCGUGGCCAUCUCCAUCGCCAGGGACGACGAGAUGCCCCUCCCCCACCGCGGCUCCUCCCUCGAGGAAGAGGAGGAGGAGGAAGAGCGGCGGAUGGAGCGGAGGAUGGAGGGAUCGAUCCUAGAAGAACGAGUGAUGGAAGAAAAGGAGGAGUGUGACGAUGAUGAUGAUGAUGCGAGCAGUGACAUCAGCACCCUAAUAGUUCCAUAUCCUGAGCUGGCUCCGGUCAUCUUCUUCUGUCUCAAGCAGACCACAUUCCCCAGGAGCUGGUCGACCACUCACCUCUCAUCUCUCACCAGCAGUCUCUCUGUACUGUGUAUUAUCCUUAACCCUGGUGUCUCUACGUGGUUUGAGCGCUGCAGUAUAAUGGUGAUAUUACUCAACUGUGUGACCCUGGGCAUGUACCAACCCUGUGAGAACAUAGACUGCUCUUCAGACCGCUGUAAGGUACUACAGGCCUUCGAUGUCUUCAUCUAUGUCUUCUUUGCUGUGGAGAUGGUGGUGAAGAUGAUGGCCCUCGGAAUCUUCGGCCGUCGCUGUUACCUGGGCGACACGUGGAACCGUCUGGAUUUCUUCAUCGUCAUGGCAGGGAUGGUAGAAUACUCGUUGGACCUCCAGAACAUCAACCUCUCAGCCAUCAGGACAGUCAGGGUCCUCAGACCCCUCAAAGCCAUCAACAGAGUUCCAAGUAUGCGUAUCCUGGUGAACCUCCUCCUGGACACUCUGCCCAUGCUGGGGAACGUCCUGCUGCUCUGUUUCUUCGUCUUCUUCAUUUUCGGCGUCAUCGGAGUACAGCUGUGGGCGGGGUUACUGAGGAACCGCUGCUACCCCAAGGAAAACUUCACCCUUUCUAAUGGCAUCUCCCUGCCCCGCCCCUACUACAUGGCAGACGAGGAUGAUGAGCGACCCUUCAUCUGCUCUCUUGCCCAGGACAACGGCAUCAUGGCGUGCACCGACGUCCCGGCCCGCCGAGAACUAGGACGCACCUGCUGCCUGGACAAGGACGAUGUGACACACAGACAGGGUCUGGGACUGAGCCCUGAACCCCUGGUUAACGGGUCAGUGAGCGGGCCUGGACUGUGUGUCAACUGGAACCAGUAUUACACACGCUGUCAUACGGGCUACAGCAACCCACAUAAAGGAGCGAUCAACUUUGACAAUAUCGCCUAUGCUUGGAUUGUCAUCUUUCAGGUGAUCACUCUGGAGGGCUGGGUAGAGAUCAUGUACUAUGUAAUGGAUGCUCACUCCUUCUACAACUUCAUCUACUUUAUACUGCUCAUCAUCAUUGGUUCUUUCUUCAUGAUCAACCUCUGCCUGGUGGUGAUCGCCACCCAGUUCAGUGAGACGAAGCAGCGGGAGCACCAGCUGAUGCAGGAGCAGAGAGCCCAGGCCCACUCCUCCUCUACUCUAGCCAGCAUGACUGAGCCCUCGGCAGGCUGCUAUGAGUCAGUCUUCCAGCUGGUCUGCCACGUCCUCCGCAAGGCCCGCAGGAGGUCCAUGGCGCUCUGUAACCGACUGUUGGGGAGGCCCAAGGAGGUGAAAGGAGCAGGGAGAAGCAGAGGAGGAGGAGGAGAGAAGACUAACGUGAAUGGAGGAGGAAGAGGAGGAGGUGGAGAGAGUAGAGGGCUGCACAGACAGGCGGUCCACUGUCCCCACCACACCAAGCCCGACCAUGCCUCCCCAGGCGACUCCAUUGCCCUCACUGUCGCCCCCGCCACCGACGGCUGCCCUCAUUGUACCGUGGCCCUGUCAAUCAGCGACGGGGAGGGACCUGCCGGCAGCCUGGCCAAUGAGGAGGCGGAGGAAGGAGCUUUGGAGGAGACAGACGGGGAGGGCAGCCAAUGUGGCGCCGGGAAGGAGGAAGUGAAAGGCGGGGCUGCCGCUAAAGAUUCUGGGGGAUGUAGGCGGGGGUGUGGGGAGCUGUGGGAUGAGACGAGGUUGAAGUUGUUGGGGAUCGUGGAGAGCAAGUACUUCAAUAGAGGAAUUAUGAUCGCUAUCCUCAUCAAUACCAUCAGUAUGGGCAUCGAACACCACAAUCAACCUGAGGAACUAACCAAUGUGUUGGAGAUCUGUAACAUAGUAUUCACUAGUAUGUUUGCCAUGGAGAUGAUUCUGAAGAUAACAGCGUCCGGAUGUUUCAGCUAUCUGAGAAACCCCUACAACGUGUUCGACGGUGUCAUCGUCAUUAUCAGUGUGUGUGAGAUCAUCGGCCAGUCUGAUGGAGGUCUGUCCAUAUUGAGGACCUUCAGACUCCUUCGUGUCCUAAAGCUAGUAAGGUUCAUGCCCGCGCUGCGCAGACAGCUAGUGGUCCUGAUGAAGACCAUGGAUAAUGUGGCUACCUUCUGUAUGCUGUUGAUGCUGUUUAUCUUUAUAUUCAGUAUCUUGGGCAUGCAUAUCUUUGGCUGUAAAUUCAGCCUGAAGACAGAGGCAGGAGACACUGUUCCAGACAGGAAGAACUUUGACUCUCUACUGUGGGCCAUCGUCACUGUGUUUCAGAUCCUAACCCAGGAGGACUGGAACACGGUGCUGUAUAAUGGAAUGGCCGCCACCUCUCCUCUAGCUGCUCUGUACUUCGUAGCUCUCAUGACGUUUGGGAACUACGUCCUCUUCAACCUGCUGGUGGCCAUCUUGGUAGAGGGCUUUCAGGCUGAGGGAGAUGCUAAUCGCUCGUAUUCAGAUGAUGACAGUUUCCCCUCUAACUUUGACGAGAGUGAGAAGCUUAAUGAUUCUCUCAAACUGUCUGAUCCUAAGAUCUGCACUUUGACCCCUAACGGGCACCUGGAGUUGACCCCGGUGAUGACCCCCAGAGGGUCGUACCCCGCUGACAGGUUGACAUAUGCCCUGGGGUCACGGAAGAGCAGUGUCAUGAGUCUGGGCAAGGCCAACCUGGAGCAGAGGAGAUCAUUAUCUCUUCGCCACGGCCGCAGUUCCCUGCACCACCAUUGGGGUCGGCCUCCCCCUCCUCAGGGUGCAUGGAACCGCAGGUCCAGCUGGAACAGCCUGGGUUGUCCCUCCCGGGGGCUGGGGGGGGUGGGAGCGGGUGUGGUGGGAGGAAGCCUCCGUGUCCGAAGCCCCCACUCCCACACCCACUCCCUUUACCACUCGGCCGAGCACGAGCUCCUCCUCUCCCCCGCUCUCCACCUCCCCCCUCACCACGCUCCCCCUCUCCCCCUCCUCUCCCGACGCAAUGCCAUCCGGCACCGGGACCGCCGUGCUCUCUCCCUGGAGCUCCCCAACAUGCUGCAGGUCCCCGGGGGACCUCCGCCUCGCCCCUAUCCCAGGAUGAGGAGUGUUUCUGGGGGAGGGAGCAGCGGCAGUGGGGGUAUGGUGGUGGAGCACCAUGAUUGUAAUGGGAAGGCUCCUAGUCCUAUUGGUCUUACGGGUCCCCAGACUGCCCAACUCCUAGGGGAGAUCUUCCCCCAGCUUAACCUCGCCAAGGACAGGUCUGACUUGGAUGAGGAGAUAGACUAUAGUAUGUGUUUCCGUAUCCAUAAGAUGAUGGAGGUGUACAGGCCUGACUGGUGUGAGACCAGAGAGGACUGGUCUGUCUACCUCUUCUCACCACAGAACAAGUUCAGACUGCUAUGUCAGUCCAUUAUAGCCCACAAGCUGUUUGACUACGUGGUUUUAUCCUUCAUCUUUCUCAACUGUAUCACUGUAGCUCUGGAGAGACCCAAGAUACUGCAGAGCAGCUUGGAAAGACUAUUCCUCACGAUCUCCAACUAUGUCUUCACAGCCAUAUUUGUAGCUGAGAUGACUGUCAAGGUGGUCUCUAAGGGUUUGUACCUGGGUGAGAAGGCCUAUCUGAAAAGCAGCUGGAACAUUCUGGAUGGUUUCCUGGUCUUUGUGUCGUUGAUUGACAUUGUUGUGUCCAUAGCGGGCGGGGCUAAGAUCCUGGGGGUGCUGAGAGUUCUCAGGCUGCUCAGGACACUACGCCCUCUCAGGGUGAUCAGUAGAGCUCCAGGGCUGAAGCUAGUGGUAGAGACACUCAUCACGUCUCUCAAGCCUAUAGGAAACAUCGUCCUCAUCUGCUGUGCUUUCUUCAUCAUCUUCGGCAUCCUCGGUGUGCAGCUGUUCAAGGGGAAGUUUUACUAUUGCCUGGGUCUGGAUGUGAAGAACAUCACCAACAAGUCUGACUGUCUCCAGGCUAACUACAGAUGGGUUCACCACAAAUACAACUUUGAUAACCUGGGACAGGCUCUGAUGUCUCUGUUUGUGCUGGCAUCUAAAGACGGCUGGGUCAACAUCAUGUACCACGGUCUGGACGCUGUGGGCAUAGACCAACAGCCGUCUAUCAACCACAAUCCGUGGAUGCUCCUCUACUUCAUCUCCUUCCUCCUCAUCGUCAGUUUCUUCGUUCUCAACAUGUUCGUGGGGGUGGUGGUGGAGAACUUCCACAAGUGCAGACAGAACCAGGAAGAGGAGGAGGCCAAAAGGAGGGAGGAGAAACGACAGAGACGCAUGGAGAAGAAGAGGAGGAAGGCCCAGAAGCUACCCUACUAUACCAACUACAGCCAUGGUCGUCUGAUGGUCCACACUCUGUGUACCAGCCACUACCUGGACCUCUUUCUCACCUUCAUCAUCUGUAUCAAUGUCAUUACCAUGUCCCUGGAGCACUACAGCCAACCACAGUCAUUGGAGACUAGUCUGAAGUAUUGUAACUAUUUAUUCACCACUACCUUCGUGGUGGAAUCUGUCCUCAAGCUCAUCGCCUUCGGGUUCCGACGCUUCUUCAAGGACAGGUGGAACCAGCUGGACCUGUCCAUAGUGUUGUUGUCAGUGAUGGGUAUCACUCUGGAGGAGAUUGACUACAAUGCUUCUCUACCCAUCAACCCUACCAUCAUCAGAAUCAUGAGGGUGCUGCGGAUAGCACGAGUUCUCAAGCUGUUGAAGAUGGCUACAGGAAUGAGAGCUCUUCUAGACACAGUGGUGCAGGCUCUACCUCAGGUGGGGAACCUGGGCCUGCUGUUCAUGUUGCUGUUCUUCAUCUACGCUGCCCUGGGGGUGGAACUGUUUGGAGAGCUGGUGUGCAAUGCUGACUACCCGUGUGAGGGCAUGAGUCGGCAUGCAACCUUCGAGAACUUCGGCAUGGCCUUCCUCACCCUCUUCCAGGUCUCCACCGGAGACAACUGGAAUGGCAUCAUGAAGGACACUCUGCGUGAGUGCCCCCCAGGUCCCAGUGACUACCCGUGCCACGCUGGACUCCAGUUCAUCUCUCCCAUGUACUUUGUCUCCUUCGUCCUCACCGCCCAGUUCGUACUCAUCAAUGUGGUGGUGGCCGUGCUCAUGAAGCACCUUGACGACUCAAACAAAGAGGCCCAGGAGGAUGCUGAGAUGGAUGCAGAGAUUGAGCUGGAGCUAGCCCAGGGACAACUCCAACUACCCACCUGCUGCAUGGGGGUGCUGGGCACUGGGCUAGUCGUGGCUGGGGCCUCUGGAGCUCCUGGAUGUAGGGGUGGAGGGUUGGAAGGAGGGACCAGGCAGGGUCAAGGGGUGGGGGUGAUGACAGGGGCCGUAGGGGAUCACAGUGGAGUGACCACUCCCCAAAGAGGAGGAGAAAGACAUGAGGGACACAGACGACAUCACAGACGGAAACUGUACUCACCUGCACAGGUUUGUGCACAGGAGAGUCAGUGGCUGGACAGUGUGUCUCUGCUGAUAAAGGACUCAUUUGAAGGAGAGAUGCUGAUGAUUGACAACCUCUCUGGAUCUGUCUUUCAUCACUACUCCUCUACCUCUCCUCCUGUCUGGAAGGACUACAAGGGAAACCUGCAAGAGAUCCGAUUGGCUGAGGUGGAGCAGGCGUCUCUGAUGUCAGAGCAGCUGUCUGAUAAGUCGUCAUCUCUGGCCCUUCCUGAUGAUCUUAGUCUGGACGACCACAGUGACUACCAGCUACUGGUCAAGGACGGCAAGGAGGAGAGAGGAAGCAGUGACUCCCACAGUUCUGAGGAAUUGAGGGGGAUCCAGGCUGGGUGUGGAGGGUAUUGGGGGCACGGAGGUUCUCGACCCCACAGCAGAGGCCCUGAGGAUGGGGUAGGAUUCCUGCUAGAGGUGGGCGUCCACCCCCAGUUCCAGAGCCAGUCUCCCCAGUUCCUCCACAACAGAGAUGGUGAUCACAGUGACCAGGUUGGCAGUGUCGGAUGUAGAGGGUCCUCUUCCUCCUCUCCUCUCUUCCAUCUCCCCGUGGAGUUAUUCCACCCCGCCACAGCCACAGCGGUCCCCCCACCCAGCCCCAGGACGGGAGUAGACCCAGGGGGGAGAGAGACAUCCAGGCUGCCCUCCUCAGCCUCCUGGGCCUCUCUGCGCUCCCCAGGGGCCAACAGCAGGGUCAUAGCCUCCCCAGGGGCCAACAGCAGGGUCCUAGCCUCCCCAGGGGCCAACAGCAGGGUCCUAGCCUCCCCAGGGGCCAAUAGCAGGGUCCUAGCCUCCCCAGGGGCCAACAGCAGGGUCCUAGCCUCCCCAGGGGCCAAUAGCAGGGUCCUAGCCUCCCCAGGGGCCAACAGCAGGGUCCUAGCCUCCCCAGGGGCCAACAGCAGGGUCCAAGACUACCAGCACCCAUCCCACAGUGACUCAUCCUUGGCCACAGGCAGCUCCGAGGACAGCCUCCAGACCACCCUGGAGGAAGGUCUCAGCUUUAGCGUCUCCCCCCCUCGAGGAGACCUAGGACUCUCCCUGGCCCUGCCUCUCCUCUGCCCUCUCCCCCUCCCUCACCCCGACGAACCCCGACAAACCCCCAGAUCGCUGGGUCACCCCUCACUGAGAGGCCGCAGUACCGCAUUCAACCUCCAAGCCACUAGAGGGCACCAGAGGAGCCAGAGCAGCUGUGGCAGCAGCACCAGUCCCGGCUGCCCAAGGCAAGACUCUAUAGACCCUUCGGAUGAUGAUUGUGGGAUAGGGACAGGAGGGGAAGGAUCCAAUCAGGCUUUUAACAGCGAACAUUUAUCGGAGACGCUUAGUAGUUUGUCUCUGACGUCACUGCUGUCGCCUAGCUCCCUGGCACCCCCGCUGGUGAAGAAGUGUAAUAGCACUGGGAGUUUGUAUCAGGCAAAUCUUUCUGUCAGGAGUAAAGAUGGACAACAGUACUAUGAAAUAGAUGCUCAUGGGUACCUCUCCAACCCUUGGACUGAGGAGAGGGGUGGACAGGAAGGGGAGACGGGGUUUGGAGUUAAAAGUACAAGUCUGAUGAUGGAUGCCGGCUCGAGGAAAAACAGAUGAAACUUGAUCUAUCGGUUGGAACUUUAUAUUUUGUUCAACUUUCAACCUCUUGGAAAGUAGAGGUGUUUGAUUGAUAUCUGUUCAGUGAACUCAUCUCCUCCCUCUGUCUUUCUCUCUUUUUUCAUCAGUGAGGUGUCCAUGUUCUCUUCUGAGGGAUUGGUAUCAAUUUUGUGGAGGAUUACAAUGACUUCUGGGUAAUUAAGGCAUUAUCUCAUUUCCUGAGACGUGGAUAUUCUUUGAGAGCAAUACAGCAAUGGCAGGACCCUUGAAAGACAUGCUAAUGAUGGCCUUGCAUGGAGCAUAGUCACCCUCAUCCAUACACCCAAAGAAAAGCAAGAAAAAGAACCAAAAUGUGAAUUUCGUGUGAACAUUGUCGGAACACUGAUGAAACUCCAAAGGAAAACGAUUGGGUUCUCCUUGACUAACAGGGCUAGCUUAGCAGCUAAUGCUAACGCUCCUGUGAUUGAUAACAGGGAUAGCAUAGCCUAGCUGCUAACUCUAGGCUAAUGGUAGGCUAAUGCGUUUGUCCUCUUGAAAAAAGACUAUGCUUAUUAUUAAGAUAAGCAGAUUGUAGUAGGAGUCCUUUCGAUGAGACUUUGUACAGAUUCGUUUUUUAUUUUAUUCACAUCUAUAAGGUAGCAUUGAUUACCAACUUUUUCUUUUAGCUAAAUAACGUUUGAUAGGUGAAAGAAAAUCAAGGUUGCAUAUUUGAUGUUUUCUAAUUAUAAAACGUAUUGCAUCUGUAUGAAUGUAGAUGUGUCCCUCUAUGUGUGUUAGUGUGAGAUAUAAAGGGUAAUCUAGAAAUAGCAAAAUGGCACCUUUUUAAAUGGAAAAAAAUAAAUAUGUAAAAGCUAUAGUGAAGAGGCGUGGGGAAUGAAUGAGAACAUAUGCCGUACCAUAGAGGAAUAGGCCAUGUUCUCAUGAAUCACCCAUGAACCAAGGGCUUAAGAGAAGAAGAUGCUCUCCUAUUCCUACUGGAUAGAUACACCAUAUUCAAUGACAGAUCGAGAUCGGAGGCCAUCUUGGUUGGUGAAAACGAAGUCCCGGUCAGUUUCACAAAAUGGAGUCCCUGUCUCUUGUCGCCCCUUGCUGACAUUUGUGCAGCGUUGUGUAUCGACAUUUUGAAGGAAAAUUGUAUACCUCAGGUGGACCACAGAAAACACUGAAGUGGAUCUAUAAACACAUGAAAGGUAUUUUUUUCAACACUCACACUUUGAUGUACACAUAAAUAUACAAGCACAUGCAGGCACGCACACACACACACACACACACACCACAACCACAAAGAUGUCAAAGAUGUCAGCUUAACUGCAGUAUGUUUUGGUUUUCCUUAAAGACAGAAAAAGAUCAGAGAGGAACAAAUCUCUCACUCUAUCUCUCUUUGUCCAACAUUAUCUUCCUUUCAUUCUUUCUCUUUAUCCGUUUGAAUUAAAGGGGCACUCCACUAUUUUCUAACCUCAUAUUCAAUAUCUCCAUAUAGACACUGGAAUGUUGCAGGAAGGAAAGUAGGAAUAUCAAGUUAACAAGUAGCGAAGUAUCACUUUAAAAUACCCACCUUGGAAAAGCCAGUUUAUAAUACAUAUUAUUUCCCCAGUAUAUGUGAUAUGCAAUAUGUGAAGCAUACAGAUAUAUGACACAGAUAUAGGUAGAAGAUAGGCAAGAGGGUUCAAAUAUAUCGCUAUUAAUAAAGGCAUGUAUUACAGUAAAAUGUCAAUAGGAUCCAUUGAGAUUCAAAGGUCAUUCAAUUAUGAUGUGUGAGAAUGUCUAUGUAUUCCAAGAUGGUAGGAUGAGGAUGUCUUUUGUUCUUGCCUUUUCCCCGGGCCCCCAAAUUGCAUGUUGUUAUUCUUUUGUGAAAUGUCAUUUUAGAGUCAUAAAAGUGGAUUAGCUUCUCAACCUCUGCUGAUUCUUCAGACCUUUUCUUUAAGAUGGUGACUUAUCCUAUUUAUAGGACGUGUCAUCAUUCAUUUGAACGUCAUACCCUUUUCACCUUCUCAUGUUAACCAUUGAACCUUUUCUUGAGGCAACCAAAGUCUCAUUCUCUCCCAAACAAAUCUUUAUUGAUUACGUUACUGAUUCGUCGUAGUAGCAGCUGUGUGGGAACACUAGCAAUUGCUAGCUCAGUUUCAAUGUAUAAUUCCUAGGGAUGACUUAAUGAAAGGUAAACUCUUCCAAAGGGGAUGUUGUAUGUUUUGUUUGUAAGGACGAAGUUAAGGUUUGUUAGUGCUGUCUACAUAUGUGUGUAAUCUUGAGAGUAGAUUUGUAAGGAUAGAAAAACACAAUUAGAUAACAACACAAACCCAACCCAUGUAUUAUACAUAUUCAUCAGUGUCAAUGUUGGACUCUACGUCUGGUGUUUCUCUCUCUCUCUAAAAAUAAUGGACUCCAACUAUUCAAAUAGCCUUCUUCAUUUACCUUGGGCAUUCCUCUUGAUUGUUCUAGCUCAACAAACAGACAGGCCAAGUCAGAGAAAUAAGCUAAAUAAAUUAUAAAAUCAAAUAGAAACUUCAGUGUCUCUCAGGACCUGAAGUGUGUGUGUGGAAUCAAGGGUAAUCUCUUCGACAAAUAUUUGAAAUGAGAAACCGUGGGUUUGGGCUUUAGAUUUAAUAACUUGGUCCACACAGAUAUAAAUGUCAUCGGUUACUUUAAAAAACAACAGAUUUUUAUUUGCUGGCUUUUUAAAGCCCUUAUCAUUCCAUGAUACUAACACCAUGUUAAAAUACAAACGCGACAAGACUACAUAUGUUCAAACAUAUUUUGUUCUCAGACAUUUCAAAAGGUUUGAGACCAGAAGAGAUGUUGUUUACUACAAAAGGCUGCUAUUCAACCAACCGGCUGUUUAGUAAGCCUUUGAUAAGGUAUCUGAAAUCAACACAUCUCUUAUCUCUUCACGUCAGAGUGGAUCCUGUCUUGUCUCACAGAGAUAUAUCAUAUGGCAGUUUAUUUUAAAUUUUAUUUUCUCCCUCUGUUUUCUUUUAUUUUCAUCU